AUGUCGGACAUUAAACACUUUGACGAUGAAUCUCUAAGAUGGAAUUGGAAAUGGUCUUGUUUCGAAGAAUCAAGAAAUAAUUAUCAAGUGGAACGCAAAGCAAAAGUUGAUAAUGAACAAACCAAAGCU